AUGGUUAAAUUAGUCCGUUUUGGCCUUCUGCUGGCCGCACUCCCGGUCCAGACCUUCAACCUGCUUUCUGUAUCUCAGAAACUGUUUUCGGCUGGGGACGGAGCCCUCGCGACCCUUGGAUCUCAGAUCCAGCGCAGACAAAACUUCCCAAAUGGCCCCUGUUUGGGCAACACGGCGACCACGAGGUCAAAGUGGUGCAGCUUUAAUAUCGACCACGACUGGUAUGAGGCGGUUCCCACCACGGGCGUCACCAGGGAAUACUGGUUUGUCCUGUCCGACCACAGGACCGUAUCCCCGGAUGGCGUGCCCAGAUACGCGCAGACAAUCAACGGCACGAUGCCCGGCCCGACGCUGUUCGCCGACUGGGGCGACUACGUCGUGGUGCAUCUGACCAACAACCUCAGCAGGAGCGUCAACGGUACUAGCCUCCACUUUCACGGGAUGCGGCAGCUGUACACGGCCCAGAAUGAUGGCGUCGCCAGUAUCACCCAGUGUCCGACCCCUCCCGGGUCGUCCAUGACCUACAGGUGGCGCGCCACCCAGUACGGAACGAGCUGGUACCACAGCCAUUUCGGGCUACAGGCUUGGGCGGGCAUGUAUGGCGGCAUCGUCAUCAACGGUCCUGCAAGCGCAGAUUACGACCAUGACCUCGGGAGUCUUUUCCUCAGCGACUGGUCGCACGAAACCCCAGACGCCCUGUUUCACACCGCACAAACGACCGGGCCUCCGGUUCUCAGCAACGGCUUGAUCAACGGCACCAACGUCUACGGCGAGGAUGGCUCGGGGAACCAGACGGGUUCGCGCUUCACCCAGAAGGUGACGGCCGGAGAGUCGUACCGCUUUCGGCUCGUCAACAGCGCCAUCGACUCGCACUUUCGCUUCGCCAUCGACAACCACACCUUGACCGUUAUCGCAGCCGACCUGGUCCCCAUCAAGCCCUACACCACCACCAUGGUCAGCAUCGGCAUCGGGCAACGCUACGACGUGAUCGUCACGGCAGACCAGGGCACCACCGCGGGAGCCGAGAGUUUUUGGAUGCGCGCCAUCCCGCAAACGAACUGCACCAAAGCCAAGAGCCCCUCCAACAUCAAAGGCAUCAUCCACUACGGCGCCAAGCCAUCCACUCCAAAGUCCACCGGCCAUGCCUACACCGACUCAUGCCUCGACGAGGACCGGUCGCGGCUGGUGCCCAUGGUGCCCAAGGACGUGGCAGACCCGACGUGGACGCGCUUCAACAUGGCGUCGUGGAACCGGACGGCCAAAAACCUCGUGCGCUGGUACCUCAACGGCACGUCGAUGGAGGUGGACUGGAGCAACCCGACGCUGGCGCAGAUGCACGACAACACGACGGCCUACAAAAAGUCCCACGCGGUCGCGGAGCUCGACAAGCCCGACGCCUGGAUCUACGUCGCCGUGGAGACCAACGCGUCCGCCGCGCACCCGUUGCACCUGCACGGGUUCGACUUUUACGUCUUGGCGCAGGGCCCGGGCCGGUACCAUGCCGAGGACGCCUCGGCGCUAAACCUGGACAACCCGCCCAGGCGGGACACGGCCAUGCUGCCGGCCUGGGGCCACGUGGUGCUGGCGUUCAAGACGGACAACCCGGGCGCGUGGCUGAUGCACUGCCACAUCGGCUGGCACACCAGCGAAGGGUUCGCCAUGCAGUUUGUCGUGCGCAAGGCCGAUCUGCUGAGGAACAAGAUGAUCGACCAUGCCAGUCUCGACAGCACGUGUGCGGCGUGGAAGAGGCAUGUGGCCGCUGACGGGAUCGUGCUGGCGGAUUCUGGCGUCUGA